AUGAAGUUGGUGCGGUUUCUGAUGCGUCUUGCCAAUGAGACGCUGGUUUUGGAGCUGAAAAAUGGCACAAUCGUGCACGGAACUAUCGUCGGUGUCGAUGUUGCGAUGAAUACGCAUUUGAAGAAUGUCAAGCUCACCGUGAAGCACUCAAACCCAGUUUCCAUGGAUUACCUCACCAUCAGAGGCAGCAAUAUAAGAUAUUUCAUUCUGCCCGACUCCCUGCCUUUAGACACCCUUCUUAUUGACGACACGCCCGUUCAAAGGCCCCCGAGGGAAACUGGACUGCGACCCCUCGCAAGAGGAAGAGGAAGGGGCGGCAGGGGAGCAGGUCCGAGGGGUGGCAGAGGAUCAGGCCCAAGGGGAGGAGGCUUCAGAGGGAGGUAA